AUGCAGUCUCUUUCAAUUCCUCCAAAGCGACUCGAUGUUCCAAUCAUUGGUGACAGACUUGGGAAAGAACCUAGGAAGGACCAGAAGGGAAGCCGAGCUCCAACUCCGAAUGGAGUCGCCACACCUAUAGAAAGAAAUAGGACAAUCACCUCACCACUUCCACCGCCGAAAAACACAGGAGAUCGCGGGCAUCGGGGAAAAGGUGGCUCAAAAAGUCGAAGAGAGCAGGUCAAAGAGUUUUUGGUGGCCGUCAAAGAGUUCGACCCACAGGAGGACAUAGAGUCGCUCUUUGCGAAGUAUGAUGGCAUUCUGGUGAUCAGGAAUGCUCGACCAUUGCCCAAAGACGAGAUUCUGCUCAUGGCUCUAGUGGAUGAUCCAGAUUGGACUUCUGCAAAAGUGAAAUGGUUCCUGCAAAAGCUGCUGCCGACACGAAUUCAUCUCCUAGACGCGAAAGACUGUGAUAUGGAAUUCACUCCGCUGCUGUAUGCGCUCGUUCACCGCAAAGACGCGAUUGUGGAGGUAAUUCUUGAGCAGGAUAAUCUUUCAGGUGUGCUUGAAGCCACUUAUGGUGUGAAGAACUGUCUGCAGUUCGCCCUACAGAAGGAUUCCCCCUGUCUCGAAACCCUGGCGCAGCGAUGCAAGAGUUAUGCAGACCUGUUCAUGGUAAAGGAUUCGAUGAAGAAUACUCCACUGCAUUGGCUCAUGUGGAUGAUGGGAGAGGAGCAUUUGGUUGGAGAACAAAAAACCCACGACCAUGUUUCUCAUGCUUAUUAUUCUGACCACGGCGAAGAGGAUUCAAUGCCAGACGUUAAUGACUACGAAGCGCCAAGGCCAUCGAGCGUGACAGGCCUAAAUGAAACCACAUCCCUCCCUAUGAGAUCUCGAUUGAAGAUUAUAGAACACAUGGUGAAUUCUUUUCAAGGAGGUAAUGGCAGCAAUUUGCUCCAGGAGCUAAAUGAGUCUGGACAUACCCCGUAUCGCCUGCGGGUAGAGAGACUGCGAGUGUCUCUUGAAUCCAGUAACCAUGCCAAACAGGCUCAAAGCAAUGGCUGUGAAAAAGAGGAGCAUGAGAAAGCUCUCAGAAAGCUUGUUGUUGCAGAUCCAAUUGCGGGCUGGAUUCGUGAUCAUUGUAUGCGCUGGCUAUCACAUUCCCAAAUCAUCAAGUCUCUUUACACAACAGAAGAUGGCAAGUAA